UCAUGUUUGUGUUGCCAGACGGUCCUAAAAGACCUGACCAAAGAUGGCCGACCACCCAAAUUACUACUUGCAUUGCUACUCUUAAAGAGUUUUCCCACGGCCCCUGUGAUGGAAUAUUUUUACUAACUUUUGGAACACAUCGUCUGCCAACAGGCUUUUGCAAUCGGAGGAAAGUUCUAGCAGCAGUAACAAGCUUCUUGUUUCCCGAAGCGGUCUCCUUAAAUCCACCAGGAACAAUGACAAUAGUCUGCCUAGUCUGGCAAGCAAAGAGGACGAUGAGGUGGAGUUUGACAAUGAAAGAAGGGUAGAGAAGAUUGUUGAACUCUCUUUGAUGACAUGAGUAGGUGGAGGUUUGGUGUGCACUGGCCCCUCAAGAUAAGCAUGGCUGCUGUGCACACCCCCCCUUAUGUAUAAACAAGAUGAGCAUUUUUGCCCUAAAAUCCAACAGUAUAGUCCUGCUGUUAAUGAUAAUGGAUAAAGGAGAAAAACGAAUCAUUGAAAUAAUAGCAAAAGUCAUUGAAGAAGCUUCUGAUACAGGCAAUAACCAUGAAGUGUUGAUGGCGGGCAGACGCUACCCAUCUGUCCAAGAGUUUGCCGCGGCGAUCCCCAACCAUCUUCUCCUCGGUUCUCUCCUGGAGCACCUGUGCUUCCUCUACGAGAGGAAUCCAGCGCGCUCACGAUUGUUGUUUAAAGUAAUUGGCCAGCGCUUGGCUUCUAUGAACCUUCUCUCCCCUUUGGCCAUAAGUGACGAGUUCAGCAAUGUCAGACUCCAACACAACCGGGCCUUCACUGAGCUGCUGCAAACCGCUAACUCCUCACUGUACCCACAGGAACAACAAUGUCUUAGCAUCGGCACACACAAUCCUACUGGAAGGCCGAAGGAAGGACUAUUUCAAGCACAGACAUCACGUUACCUGAGCGAGUUCGAAGAAAUUGGUAGAAUUGGAAAAGGUUCCUAUGGAAAUGUUUAUAAGGUGGUGAAUAAACUGGAUGGGCAGCUUUACGCCGUGAAGAAGAUACUCAUUAAAAAAGUCUCAAAGGAUGAUUGCCUGAGGGUCUUGAGGGAAGUGAAAGUGUUGUCAAGCUUGCAGCAUGUCAGUGUCGUUGGCUAUCACACAGCUUGGAUGGAGCAUGUCCAGCCCGCAGCAUAUGCAGAGACCCUCCUUCCUGAAGUGGCUUCACUUGACCUCCACAGCUCUGAUGAGGACCCAGAUGGUACCGGCUCAAGCUUCUCCGUCGUUUUCCAAAGCCUUAGCCAACCACAGGCUGAUGCCGCUUCAAGCGCGCCGGUGCCUCCAAGUGGUGGCUCACCCGUCAAAGACUUGGUGCUGACGCAGGAGACGACUCAGGGGGUGUGUCCGAACACAAUGCGACGUAUCCCUGAGAACUACGUGCCUUGCGUCUUCCUGGGACAGCGAGCUCCUAUUAAAACCUCCAAGUGUCCCGCUGUAGGUUGGGACACUUUGGGAAUGUUGGAGGAGUCAUCCAGCAGGCGCAACCCUGAGCUGAACAACAACUCUUGUGUUGAAAAAGAGUGUGAGCAGUGGGAUGACCAAUGCACAGCAAGACCCUCUAAAGAGGUCCACUUCCAUCUGAUGCUCUACAUCCAAAUGCAGCUAUGUGAACGCUCACUCAAGGACUGGAUGACUGAGAGGAAUUGCAAGCCCAAAGAGGAUCAAGCAUUAAGAGGUCCUUAUGGAUGUGUGGAUGCUGAGCACACGUUCAGUCUACUAAGAAAGAUACUUGAAGGGGUGGAGUAUAUUCACUCCCAAGGAAUCAUGCACAGAGACCUGAAGCCAAGGAACAUAUUCCUCAAUGGUCAUGAAUGUCAUGUUCGUAUUGGCGACUUUGGUUUGGCAUGCAGUGGUUUACUACUAGAUAGCCAUGAAAGGGCCACCUUUCCCAACAUUGAGUCUCCACAUACCACAGGUGUUGGUACUUUAGUUUACGCAUCGCCAGAACAACUGAAGAGUUCUCAUUAUGAUUCAAAGUCGGACAUGUACAGCAUUGGGGUGCUUGCUCUUGAGCUUUUCCAGCCCUUUGGAACAGAGAUGGAGCGAGUCCGGACUCUUGGGGACCUGAGAGAGGGAAAAUUCCCUGACUCUUUCUGCAACCAAUGGCCAGUUCUUGCCAAAUACAUCUUGGAGCUGACUAGCAAAGAUCCCAGUGUCCGGCCCACGGCCAGCCAGCUUCUACAGAGUGAACUCUUCUCCAAUAAAGAUGUGAUGAUAUAUGGUUUGCAGAAAAAAGUUGAAGAACAAGAGGAAGAAAUCCAACAUCUGAGGAAACAAAUACAACGCCUCCAAAGUUCACAAAAUUCGGAGUUGGACAACGCCUGAUGCUGUAAAUGUCCACAGUGUAGUGUGAAUUUAUUGUUAGCGUGUGUGGGAGAGACUGGGCACUUGUGCAUAAAAGUGCAUUAUUUAUUAUUCAUUUAUCUUGAACUUUAUAUGGAGCUACUGUUAAUGUUUUAUGGUACAAGGCAAAGGUUUUUGCCUUAAUACCAACAUCUGAGAAAGUAAAUAUUCAUCCAUCCAUUUUCUACCGCUUUUCCCUUUUGGGGUCAUGGGGGCUGCUGGAGCCCAUCUCAGCUGCAUUCGGGCGGAAGGCGGCGUACACCCUGGACAAGUAGCAAUCUCAUCGCAAACCCAACACAGAUAGACAACAAUGACACUCACACGCCAGGGACAAUUUAGUGUUGCCAUUCAACCUAUUCCCAGAUGCAUGUCUUUGGAGGAAGACGGAGUACCUGGAGGGAACCCACGCAGUCACCGGGAGAACAUGCAAACUCCACACGGAAAGAUCCCGAGCCCAUGAUCGAACCCAGGACCUUCAUACUGUGAGGCACAUGCACUAACCCCUGCUUCGCCCUGCUGCCUGAGAAAGUAAAAUGUACAGUAUAAAUUCCGA